UUCUAUGUCAACCUGUUGGUGUCAAAGUCAUGUCGAAAAUGUCAAAUAACAAAUAAAUGAUAACAGUAGUUCAAAUGGUUUAAAUACUCUAAAAAUCAAUUUAUUUUAACUUUAUUUUAUACUGGUUUAAAUUGGAUACCAGUAACCAUCAAAUAGUGAAAAUUAACUUAAAAUGUCAUAUGAUAUUCGUUUUAUUGUUGUUUGAAAAUACUGUACUGAUAAUGGCAGCAGUGCUCAAGUUUUAUGGUAUAAAUAAUUUAACAGCAAAAUUUUCCUUGAUAUCAACUGAAAGAUUUCAAGUAGAAUUACAGGGUUUUGAUGAAGAUACCGUUGCAAUAUUCAAGACAAUACCGUCUAGAAAUUUCAGUCCACAAACAAGAUUAUGGAGCUUUUUAAUAAAAGAUUACGACUUACUAACUUAUAAAUUGCAACAAUUAAGGGGUAAAUUAAAAAUGGAACUUAUCCCUUCCUUUGUUUUGAACUGUAUGAAGACACAGAAUCAUAAUGUUGAAAUAGAUUUCAGUAAACUGGACCCAGUUUUGUUUUCAACUCUUUUACCAUUCCAAAUUGACGGUUUACAGUUUGGUAUAGACAAAAAUGGUAGAUGUCUGAUAGGGGAUGAUAUGGGACUCGGGAAAACAUUUCAGGCAUUAGCUUUAGCGAAUUAUUACAUGGAAGACUGGCCUGUUUUAAUAGUUACAACAGCUACAAUGAAAACCCAAUGGGAAGAAACAAUUUCUACAUACCUACCGUCCGUAUCGAUAAUGCAAGUCCAAUACAUGAUCACCGGGAAAGAUUACAUCGGCGAAGCGAAAAUUUUAAUCGUAUCUCAUGAUAUGAUGAGCCGUUGUCUAGAAAAAAUUAUGGAUCGAAAUUUCGGUGUGAUAAUAAUAGACGAAUCGCACAUUUUAAAAAGUUACAAAUCGAAGUGCUACCACUCUGCAUCAAAAUUAGCUAAAAAAGCCCGACGUGUAAUAUUAUUGAGCGGAACGCCUGCUCUAUCACGUCCUAGCGAACUCUAUACCCAGCUCAGUUUGCUGGAUUCAACGUUUUUCGGCAAUUUCUACAAAUACAGCGAACGUUAUUGCGACGCUAAGACGACCAAAUUUGGUUGGGACCAUAGCGGCCAUUCGAAUCUGCAAGAAUUGGAGUUGAUUUUGGCCAAAAAAUUCAUGAUACGUAGGACCAAAGAUCAGGUGUUGAAGUCCGUGCCAAAUAAAAAGCAGGAAGUGGUCACUUUGAAUACGAAGUUGAACGAAUUGCCCGAGGAGGAUAGGAAGUGUUUGAACGCCUUAGGGGAGCAAUAUAUGAUGAAGAAGGGGGCCGGUAAGCACGCCGCGCUGUUGACAUUCUUUUCUGAGACCGCCAAGAUCAAGAUACCGGCGAUAUGUUCCUACGUUUUACCAUUGCUGGACAAAAAAGAAAAAUUCCUCUUAUUCGCCCACCAUCAGGUCCUAUUGAACGCCGUCGAGGAUUUAGUGAAACGAAAAAACGUUAAGUACAUUCGCAUAGAUGGAAAUACUACUACGGAUCAAAGAAAAUAUUUCAUAUCUAAAUUCCAAUUAGACGACAGCUACGUUUGCGCUAUAUUAUCAAUUACGGCGGCCAAUGCUGGUAUCACAUUAACGGCCGCCAAACUGGUGCUUUUCGCGGAGCUGCAUUGGAACCCAAGCAUAAUAAGCCAGGCGGAAGCCCGAGCCCACAGGAUCGGCCAGGAAGACGAAGUGUUGGUUCAAUAUUUACUAUGCCCCGGUACGGCUGAUGACCAGAUAUGGCCGUUACUGCAAGAGAAACAACGCACGUUGAACGCUGUGGGGCUGUGCAGAGAUUCGUUCGAAUCGGUGGCUGUAAAACGACACAAAUCCGGCGAAAUUAAAAUCGCUGACUGUCUAGAUUCGAACGAUUGCGGCAUUAAGAGAUACUUUUCGCAGGAGAAGAAAAUAAAGAUGGACAACGAUCUGUUUGAUGAUGGAUUAGACGAAUUGUUAAGUAAAAGUGUUUUGUCUGGAGAACAUUUAGCUAAUAGUAAUAACGGAGAAACCGAGAAUAUGUUAAACGAUGGUCUGGACGAUUUGCUCUGUGAUAUUGAUUUUUAAUACGUUUGUAAUUAUAUAUUUAUUUUUUUUGGAAA